UCCAUCUGGUGACACUCUGAAAUGUAAUCCUACAUUAGAACAAACAUACGGUAGUUUAAGCAUGAAGUAUUUGUUUCCAAUGAAAAAUAUGUUAACUCCCAUCUUCUCCCUAGUACAGACAGUGACUGGUUUAGGAAUAUUAGUAUUGGCUUUAGUUUCAUAUUCAUGACCUUUUGUUAAUGUCUUGGGGUGACUUUUACAAUAACAAAAUCUUUCUAUGUAUCUUAGGGUUUCUUCAUGCAACCAUCUUGUCUGCUUUGUGGCCAUAUUUCAAAAAGUGAAAAUCUGGACACAAAAGUUGUUGAGCUUGUUUUGUUUUGGCAGAAAAAAGGAAGAAAGAUCUGAGGACCAAGACUUACAGAGUCCCAAGGAUAAGUCGCCAAAAGCCAAAAAAUUCAAAAAGGAGCGGAAAGAGGAAAAGCAGCAUGAGCUUGCACAGCCUUCUGCAGAACCAGCUGAAGCAGGCAAGGCAGAGAUGUCGGAAGGAGCUGGGACUGCUCCAGCUGUACCCGAAGCCUCUGCAUCUCCAAAACAGCGCCGUUCUGUCAUCCGGGACCGUGGGCCAAUGUAUGAUGACCCCACCUUGCCAGAAGGCUGGACCCGCAAGCUUAAGCAGAGGAAGUCUGGUCGCUCAGCGGGGAAGUAUGACGUCUACCUUAUCAACCCCCAGGGCAAGGCCUUCCGCUCCAAAGUUGAGCUCAUUGCCUAUUUUGGAAAGGUGGGGGACACCUCUCUGGAUCCUAAUGAUUUCGAUUUCACGGUGACUGGACGUGGGAGUCCGUCACGGCGAGAACAGAAGCCUCCGAAGAAACCCAAAAUCACUAAAACGGCUGGCACAGGUCGCGGGCGGGGCCGACCAAAGGGCAGUGGCUCUGCCAAGCCCCGAGGAGCUGCCUCGGAAGGUGUGCAAGUGAAGCGGGUGAUUGAGAAGAGUUCUGGAAAACUGCUGGUCAAGAUGCCUUUGCAGUCCUCUCCAGCAGGAGCCAAGGCAGAAGGCACUGGUGGGGCCACCACCUCCACACAGGUCAUGGUGAUCAAGCGUCCUGGGCGCAAGCGGAAAUCUGAAUCGGACCCCCAGGCUGUGCCUAAGAAACGGGGGCGUAAGCCAGGCAGUGGAGCAGCAGAGGUAGUUGCCGAAGCCAAAAAGAAAGCAGUCAAGGAGCCGGUUGUCCAGGCGGUCCGGGAGACAGUGCUGCCCAUCAAGAAGCGCAAGACACGUGAGGCUGUUAGCAUAGAGAUAGCCAAGCCAAGCCCACCUCCUCCAAGCAACACAGGGGAGCGGAGCCCCAAGGGACAGCGAACGGCUGCCAAGAGCCCAGGGCGCCGCAGCAAGGAAAGCAGUCCUAAAGGGCGGGGUGGCAAUGCCGUACCAACCUCUGCCCCUUCCUCCUCCCCUGGCAAGAAGGAUCAGCACCAUCCUCCCCACCAGCCGCCUCCGGAGGCCCAGGGCAGCUCCCCUUCUCAGUCCCCUGAAAGCCCCAAGGACAGCAGGAGCCUUCCAGCUGAGCCCCAGGACUUGAGCAGCAAGAGCUGCAAAGAGGAGAGGGCUCCGGAAAGUGAUGGCUGCCCAAAGGAGCCACCUAAGACUCAGCCCAGCGGCACAGCAGUGCCCUACAAACAUGAGCGCAAAGACACUGUGUCGUCCUCCGCGGCCUUGCCCCGGCCCACAAACAGGGACGAGGCCGUGGACACCAGGACACCUGUGUCAGAGCGGGUCAGCUGACUUUGAGGGGGGUGAGUGAGCAAGUGAGCGCCAGAGGAAACAAAGAGAGAGACAGGCACUCCCAGCCCCCCACACCCAGAUGAGACUCCAGGCAGCUGCUGGGCAGGACUCCCCUUUCCCCAGAGUGCCCUGGCUUUCAACCAUUCAGCUACUCCAAAACUAUUCUUCCUCUGUUCCAAUCCUUCUCCCAUUUUCAAUACAGACAAGCACAGUGUGGGGUGCAGAGACAUGCCUCCCAGAGCUGGAAGCCACUUUGCACUUUUUCUACAGAAUGGGGGCACCCUCUUCUCUCCCCCCACACCCCCACCAGCCCCUUCUGCCAUGCUUUGCUGCAUAUACUACUGACAAGGCAAGCUGUUUGGCAGGGGAGGGGCAGCUCCAAACUCUGGCCUGUCGCCCUGAUCCUGCUUGCCCUCCAUAUUACAGAGGCCUGGUGGACAGAUUGUGGGGAGGGUGGGCAUGUGUCUAUUCCACUCCACCUCCCUAGUGCCAUGUAAUGUAGUUGUCCAGUCUUAGUUGGAUUUCUGUAGUUUUCAGUAGGAUGUGUGUGUACACACGAGAGAGAAAGAGAUGGGACUGUGGCGUACUGGGGAACCAAUAUUCCCCUUUUGCCAAUUAGACCAGCAGAUAGGAAAGUUUUUCUCUCCCCCAAGGACAGUUGUGCUGCUAAGAGACCACUGGGAUACUGGGGGCAACUUUGUAAGAAUGUCCUCCUUUCCUACGUCUAUCCCAAAAGGAGAGGCCUUUUGAUUUUGUUGAAGCAAUCUGAGUGUGCUGAAGCGUGUACGUGUGUGCGUGUGCUUGUCAUAUGCUAAGAGUUAAAAUGAGAUGUUCUUCCAGUUCUUGUCAAUGAUGUUAGUUUAGGGAACUGUUUGCACUAAUGGAGGCCUUUGCCCACCUUCUGUGAGGCAACGGCAUGAAAGAGUGUGCCUGUGUGUAUUGGAGCGGGACAUUUUGAUGGAAUUCUGGCUGACCUCUCCACCUUAGUUCUGGGGCAGGAAGGUAGCUGAAUGUUUCUAAAACUACCUGACCUUCUGUGUUGGGAUUGAUAUGUGGCAGUGGCUUCACUGAGAAGCCUAGUAUUUGUCAUUUACAAGGACUUCCUUAUGGCUGGCAACCAAGCUCUUCCAUGACAGUUGAGCACACCUCACUCCCCAGGGACAGAGAGCUCAGCAGAAGAGUAGUGUACCUUGGGGAGGGGACUUGGUUUCAAAUGGAUGUCUCCUUUGUUUUGUUUUUCUGUCUGCAGAAGAUAGAAGAGGAGGGGUAGGGAAGCAUUGACCACUUACUUCAGUGUGCUUAUUUUUGUUUUUAACUGCAUAUGUAGUACAGACAGGAUCUGUGCCCCCCUCCAUUCUAGGCAGUAGCAAAGUACCCCAAGAACAAGAUGGGGGAGUAUGGGUCCAAGCCAGCAGUCUGGGCAGGAACUAGAAAGAGUUAUCUCUGAAAUUGUUGUCACUUUGUGGUGGUGCAAAAGGAUUAGAACAAGCCCCAUCUUGUUCUGCAGCUCUUUGAGGGCCAAAAUAGAUAUGAUUCUGGACCUUCAUGAUCAGAUUUUUA